UGAGCGAGCGAACUGGUGUAUUUUCAGUCGCUUGUGUAUGACGUAGGUCGAUAGCGAUCAGAGAGUUGCAAACGUUGCUGGUGCAUAAUAAGAAGAGUGAGACAGGAUCCAAAUAUAUGUGAUUUGAGGAGAAUGGGUAGAGAGUCAAGGCAUUACAGGAAACGCUCGACAUCAAGAGGUAGGUCGGGAAGCCGAUCGAACAGCCGUUCGCCCGACAAACGCUCAAAGAAAGAUGAGGGAGCUGUCUCUAGAAACCGAGACCGCACCAGGAGAGAGCGAUCCCGCAGCAGAGAUCGCCGCCGAUCACGGUCAAGAGACAGGAAACGCCCUCGGCGAUCGAGGAGUCGGGAGAGGCGUAGAUCACGGAGCAGGGAUCGGAGGAGGACCAGAAGUCGGAGCAGGAGUCGAGGUCGGCGGUCACGAUCAACAAGUCCCAGCAAAGCCAGAAAGACUGAUGACAGCAAGGAGAAAUCAAGCAAUGGAGAUUCAAUGAGUGAAAAGAAAAAAGUGAAGGAAGAAAAGGAGGAAGAAAAGGUUGAAGAUCAAGACUUUGAUCACAACACACUGGAGGAAGAAAUGAGGAAAAGGAAAGAACGUGUGGAGAAAUGGCGUGAGGAGCAGAGGAAGAAAGCCAUGGAGAAUAUUGGAGAGAUAAAGAAAGAACUAGAGGAGAUGAAACAGGGCAAAAAGUGGAGCCUGGAGGAUGAUGAGGACGAUGACGAAGAGGGCCCAGCACCAGAAGAGGAGGAGGAAGAGGAGGAGGCGGCGGCAGCAGCAGCAGCAGCAGCAGAGGUGGAGGAGGAGGAGGAGGAAGAGAAGCCACAAGAGGCAGAGGAGGAAGAGAAGAUCACCGCCAUGGAAGAGGAGCCAGGCGAGGAAGUAGACACUCUUGAUGCCUACAUGGAGGAGGUAAAAGAGGAAGUGAAGAAGUUCAACAUGGGCACCAUGAGGGGCAAGAACGACAUGAAGGGUGGUAUUAUGACGGUAUCCAAAGUGAUAAAUGUUGUAAAGACGAAGAAAAUGCCUCACACAAACAAGAAGAAAGGGGAGCUGAUGGAGAAUGACCAGGAUGCGAUGGAGUACUCCUCAGAGGAAGAGGAAGUCGAUCUGCAGACAGCUCUGACUGGCUUUCAGACCAAACAGCGGAAAGUGCUGGAACCUGUGGAUCACAAGAAGAUCGAGUAUGAGCCAUACCGCAAGAAUUUCUAUGUGGAAGUUCCAGAACUGGCCAAAAUGACACCCGAAGAGGUGAGCGUCUACCGUCUGGAGCUGGAGGGAAUCGCAGUGAAAGGGAAAGGCUGCCCGAAGCCCAUCAAGUCAUGGGUGCAGUGUGGGACCUCAAUGAAGGUCUUAAAUGCUCUAAAGAGGCACAGCUACGAGAAGCCCACCCCCAUUCAGACUCAGGCCAUCCCAGCCAUCAUGGCGGGUCGAGACAUGAUUGGCAUUGCUAAAACUGGCAGUGGCAAAACCAUUGCUUUCCUCUUACCCAUGUUUCGCCACAUCAUGGAUCAGAGGCCCUUAGAUGAGGCAGAGGGCCCCAUUUCUGUGAUCAUGACGCCAACACGAGAGCUAGCUCUGCAGAUCACCAAAGAGUGUAAGAAGUUCUCCAAGCCCCUGGGACUGAGAGUGGUGUGUGUGUACGGAGGCACCGGCAUCAGUGAGCAGAUUGCUGAGCUUAAGAGAGGAGCGGAGAUCAUCGUCUGUACUCCAGGGAGGAUGAUUGACAUGCUGGGUGCCAACAGUGGCCGAGUCACUAACCUGCGCAGAGUCACAUAUGUGGUGGUUGAUGAAGCUGACAGAAUGUUCGACAUGGGUUUUGAGCCUCAGGUGAUGCGAAUUGUGGAUAAUAUCCGACCUGAUCGGCAGACGGUCAUGUUCUCGGCCACUUUUCCCCGCGCCAUGGAAGCUUUGGCCAGGCGAAUCCUAUCCAAGCCCAUUGAGGUGCAAGUGGGAGGCAGGAGCGUGGUGUGCUCCGAAGUAGAGCAGCAUGUGAUUGUGAUGGAGGAGGAGAGCAAGUUUCUGAAGUUGUUAGAGAUUCUGGGCCACUACCAGGAGAAGGGUUCAGUUAUCAUCUUUGUGGACAAGCAGGAGCACGCAGACCACCUCCUCAAAGACUUGAUGAAGGCCUCUUAUCCCUGCAUGUCCCUACAUGGAGGCAUCGAUCAGUACGAUAGAGACAGUAUCAUUAACGACUUCAAAAACGGCGCCUGUCGCCUCAUGGUGGCCACGUCUGUGGCAGCUCGAGGACUGGACGUCAAGCAGCUGAUCUUGGUCAUCAACUACAACUGCCCAAACCACUAUGAGGACUAUGUCCACAGAGUUGGACGUACUGGGCGUGCAGGGAACAAAGGCUACGCAUACACAUUUAUCACAUUUGACCAAUCCCGCUACGCUGGAGAUAUCCUCAAAGCUCUGGAACUUUCCGGUACGGUCGUUCCCGAUGAGCUGGAAAAGCUGUGGGCCAGCUUUAAAGACCAGCAGAAGCUCGAGGGGAAGGUCAUCAAGAGUAGCAGUGGCUUCUCUGGAAAGGGCUUCAAGUUUGACGAGACUGAGCACGCCCUGGCGAACGAGCGCAAAAAGCUCCAAAAAGCAGCUCUGGGUCUGCAGGACUCUGACGAUGAGGAUGGAGCGCUGGAUAUCGAUGAGCAGAUCGAGAGCAUGUUUAACUCAAAAAAGCGGGUGAAGGACCUCUCUGCCCCUGGAGGCGGCGGCUCAUCUGCAGCCAGUAACGCAGCGGCGGCUGCCAACGUGAGCAGCCUGACUGGCCUAGCCAUGCCCUCUGCAGGAAACAUCCAGAAACUGGAGAUCGCCAAGAAGCUGGCUCUGAAGAUCAAUGCCCAGAAGAACCUCGGAGCAGAGGCUCAGGAUGUGAUGCAACAGGCUACCAAUGCCAUCUUGAGAGGAGGCACCAUCAUCGCCCCGUCAGUCUCGGCGAAGACCAUCGCAGAACAGCUGGCUGAGAAGAUCAAUGCUAAACUCAACUACACCCCUGUGGAAAAACUGGAGGAGGAGAGGCAGGCGGCGGAACAGGCCGAGAGCAUCACAAGAUACGAAGAGGAGCUCGAGAUCAACGACUUCCCUCAGACGGCAAGGUGGAAGGUAACGUCCAAAGAGGCUCUGCAGAGGAUCGGCGAGUAUUCAGAGGCAGCCAUAACCAUUAGAGGGACAUACUUCCCUCCAGGAAAGGAGCCCAAAGAGGGAGAGCGAAAGAUCUACCUGGCCAUUGAGAGUGCUAGCGAACUGGCUGUGCAGAAAGCUAAAGCUGAGAUUACAAGGCUGAUAAAAGAAGAGCUUAUCCGACUGCAAAACUCCUACCAGCCUACCAGCAAAGGAAGAUACAAGGUUCUCUAGAGGCAGAGAGUUACUGGGAGAUGAUGGGAACAAUCCUGUGUCUCUACGGCAAUUUUAUUUAGUGUACAUUUUUACUGUUAGGGUUCACACCUUUCCUGUAUCUCUGGUCGUCUGUAUUUUAUUGAACAUUAAAAUUGAUUUCAGUGUUUCUGCUCCAAUUAUGGAUCUGGAUCAGGGUUGUGAUUUAGAAUGCAAAAUAAUUUCAAGACCGUCACAGAUCAAAGAAAAACACAAACCUGUCUGUGGGUUGUUUCUGUCUGUGUUAUUUGGAUCCCUAUGUAUAUGGAAUUUAUUUCAGUUUUUUUUCUUCUCCUGGCUUGACAUUUUAAGACAGGUUUUACAUGACCGACUUAAUUCUUGACCACCGACCAUAAGUAGAACAUAAUAAAUUGUGAACUGUG